AUGCCUCGCUAUCGACGUAGUAAUCAAUAUCAUCUUCGAGAUACUCAAAUUGAUCCUUUAUUGACAUAUGAUGGUAUUAAAACAAAUCCAUUAUCAUAUAUUAAUAGUGAUAUUCUUCCAAUUGAUAGUAAUUCAAUUUAUUUAGCUGAACUUUAUUAUGAACAUUGGGAUAUAAAUUUGACGACGGAAGAAAUUUUUCUUCUUGACCCAUUUGUAUUUUCUGAUGAUGAUGAAAAAAUAUAUUUAAAAAAUAAAAUUCAUCCAUUAAAAUGGUUAUAUGAUUUAAUCAAAAAUGAACAAUUAUAUAUAUAUUAUUCAUUAAAACAAUGUACAUUAACACUUGUUUAUUCAUUAGUUUCAUCAAGAAAUAAAAAACCAAGUUUUAGUAUAUUUACAUUUUAUAAUUAUUGUAAAGAAAAUGAUACAACAAACCGAUUUUUUAAACAUUUAUUUGCAUUUGAUGAUUAUCAAUCAAUAUCACAAAUGAAUAAUAAUGAUUCAAAUGCAAAUAAUAUAAUUGAUUUUAUUUAUCAAGAAAUUCAAGCAGCAACAAUGAUUAAUAUUGAUAAUAAUAAUAAUAAUAAUGCCUCAUUUUUAUUUAAAUCUUAUUUAAAAAAUGAUGUUAUUCAAUUGAAAGAUCAUCAAAUAAAAUCAAUUGAUUGGAUGCUUAAACGAGAGCAAGAUUUAUCAUCAUCAAUUGUUUAUACACCAUUACAUCGUUGCCAUGAUUUAUUUGAUAAUGUUUUUUAUGUUCAUAUUAUAUAUGGUAUACCAUUACAUAUAAAUGAAAUAAAUAAUUGUCAUUAUGAACAAUUUUCAUUAUCUGCUGGAUUACUUGCUGAUGAAAUGGGUCUUGGAAAAACAAUGUGUGUACUUCUAACAUCAUUAUUAAAUAAAUGUUCAGAUUCAUUUCUUUCGGAAAAUUGUAUAAAUAUACAUCAAACAAUUGUAAAUGAUAAUGAUGAAUUUCCAGUAAAUAAAAAAUUUAAAUCUGAUGGACAAUUAUCGUUACCUUGUAUUUGUGGUAAAAUAGCAAAAUUAUCAAAAAAACAACAAUAUUCAUGGGAAAAUUUUCUUUCAAUUUGUACACAAUGUUCUCGUUCAAUACAUAAAAAAUGUUUAAUACAAAAUGAAAAUAAUCCAGAAUUAUUUAUUUGUCCUUAUUGUGAACAACGUUUAACAGAUAAUCAUCAAUUAUUAUCAACAGGUGCUACAUUAAUUAUUGCACCAGCAGCAAUUAUUGAUCAAUGGAUUGAAGAAAUCGAUAAACAUUUAGAUUGUUCAUUAAAUAUUUAUAUGUAUGAAGGUAUUGUUAAUAAAAUACCAGUACCUGAUCGAUAUUUUCUUGCCAAACAAGAUUUUAUAUUUUGUUCAUAUGAAAAUUUAAAAAAAGAUAUACAUCAUAAUGAAAUAUGUUCAAAAGAACAUCAUUCAACAAGAACACAAGUACGAAAAUAUGAAUAUUUAAUAAGUCCAUUAUUAAGAUUAAAAUUUUGGCGUCUUGUACUUGAUGAAGCUCAAAUGGUUGAUUCACCAAAUACACCAGCAUCUAAAAUGGCUCGAUCACUUGUAGCACAUCAUCGAUGGUUUGUUACUGGUACACCAUUUCAUCGUUCAAUAAAUGAUCUUGAAGGAAUAAUGCAAUAUUUAUUUCCAUUAACUAGCAUUCCACGAGAUCAGAUAUCAACAUUAUUAAGAAAAAAAGAUAAAAUAAAUGAUGUAUUUUUAUCAUGGAUCAUGAAUUUUCUUAAAUCAAUAACUCGACGAACAUCUCGUCAAUGUUUAAAUGAUUUACCCGAACAAUAUGAACGUGUUAUACGUUUACAAUUUUCUCAACUUGAAAGAACGUAUUAUGAUCGAAUAUGGAAUGAAUGUCGAGAUGAAUUUAAACGAGAAUUUCAACAUCUAUGGCAAAAAAGAGAAAAAGAAAGAAAUGGCGGAGUUUUACCAGAACAACCUGUAACAUGGACAUUAGAAUUUGAUAGUGAAAUCGACAUGGAUGAUAUUCAUUUUUUAUCAUCAACAGCUCGUAGUUGUCUUCAAACACCAUUAAUAAAACUUCGUUGUUUAUGCGAUCAUCCACAAGUUGGUGCACAUGGUGUUAGACAUAAUGAUCCAGCACUUGUUCAUUAUUAUAAUCGUUUUCAUUAUUCAUCGAAUAGAAAUUUUUCUGUUAGACGUCAAACAGAUUUAUUAGAAACAAAUUCAUCAUUGAAUAAAGAUGAUCAACCAUUUACAAUGAAAGAUUUACUUGAUUUAUUAACAGCACGUGAACUUGAAAGUGGAGAAGAUUGUCUUCGUCUUUCAUUACUUAAUUUUAAUGGUCUUGCUAGUAUUUAUCUUAUACAAUAUGAACAUGAAAUAACUCGACCUAUUAUUGAAAAUAAUAAUAAAAAUAAUCAAUAUUAUAUUGAUAGGGCUAUUCAAACAUAUGAACGAGUUAUUCAAACAGCUGAAAUUUAUAAAGAACAUUUUCAUGCUGAUUCAUUUCAAUUAGCUCAUGCAUAUUAUAAUCUUUCAUAUUCAAUUUCAUUAUUAACUAAAAAUGAAAAUUCCAAUAUGAAUAUUCAAAGUAAAUUUUCAAGUGAUGAAGCAUUAAAUGAAUUUAAUAAAAUUAAAGAACGACAUCAAACACAAUCGGAACAUGAAAUGAGUGAAGCAUGGAAAAAUUAUAAUGAUAAAUUAUUAAGAAAAAAAGAAGUUGAAAAUGAUAUUAAAAAUUUACUUAUAGAUAUAUCAACAUGUAUUAAACCAAUUGAAAAUGAAACAGUUGAUAUACAUUAUCAUGUUAAUCGUGAACGACAAUUACCAUUUACAACAUGGAAUGGAUUUUUAUUAAAAUUAGUUCAAGAAUUUGAUAAAUUACAACAAAUUCGAGAAAAUUUAUUAAUUUAUAUUGAAGCAUUAAAACGACAACCAAAUGAUGAUGAUGUUGCAAAGAUGACUGCAUGUUCAAAAUGUGGUUUAGAUAAUGAUUCAUUAAAUGAAAAUAUUUGUAUUUUUUGUGAAUGUGAAACUGUUAUGAAAAGUUAUAAUUGCAGUUAA